UCUCCUCUGUCCUCUGUCCCCUGUCCCCUCUGUCCCCUGUCCCCCCUGUCCUCUGUCCCCUGUCCUCUGUCCCCUCUCAGAGUGCCUAUCGUCUGUUCACCACCAACACCUGUCUGAAACAUAUGAUCAGUAAGGUGCGUCGAGAUGCGCACCACUUUGAGCGGUACCAGCACAACCGGGACCUGGUGGGCUUCCUGAACCUGUUUGCUAACAAGCAGCUGGAGCUACCUCGAGGCUGGGAGAUGAAGCACGACCACAGUGGGAAGCCUUUCUUUGUGGAUCAUAACAGCAGAGCCACCACCUUCAUCGACCCCCGGCUGCCCCUCCAGAGCUCCCGGCCCCCCAGCCUGCUGACUCACCGCCAACACCUGACCCGGCAGCGCAGCCACAGCGCCGGGGAGGUCAGCCCGCGCCCUCGUCACCCGGGACCUCCAGUCCUACCCCGCCCUGCCAACACCUUCAGCUCAACAAACCGGGCCCAGUACCAAGAGGUGGUUCCAGUGGCGUACAACGACAAGAUCGUGGCCUUCCUCCGACAACCCAACAUCUUUGAGAUUUUACAGGAGAGACAGUCGGACUUCAGCCGCAACCACCUGCUCAGGGAGAAGGUCCAGCUGAUCCGGACCGAUGGGGUCUCAGGGCUGACCCGGCUGUCAGGUGAUGCUGACCUCGUCAUGCUGCUCAGGUGAAUCACAUCCCACCCCUCCUUAAUGUCUGAGCGCUGAGUCAGCACUCAGUUUCCUCAACGUAUUUAUCUUUUUUAUAAAUAAAACUUUCAGCUCGGUUGA